GUUUUCUCAGCACGGAAGAUGAAGUAGUUCCUGGCAACAUGGGUCUGAAGGAUCAAAGUAUGGCACUUCGCUGGGUAUCGGAGAACAUCGAAUGGUUCGGUGGCAACCCGGAGAAAGUGACUUUGGUCGGUAUGAGUGCCGGUGGUGCAAGUGUGCAUUAUCAUUACUUAUCGCAACUGAGCGCGAAUCUCUUUAAAGGUGGCAUAUCAUUUAGCGGUACAGCGUUUGAUUGUUGGGCUCAAACAGAGAACGCCUUAGAGAAGGCCAAGAAAUUGGGCGCUUUGAUGGGAUGCCCUACAACCAGCUCCAGAGAUAUGAUACGUUGUUUGAGAUAUCGUCCAGCCCGCGCGAUCGUCCAGGCUACAAGUGAAUUUAUGCCGUUCUUAUACAAUCCCUUCACUCCUUUCGGUCCGGUAGUUGAGAAGAUUGGUGAUGAAGCACCCUUCAUCGACAGAACGCCCGUUGAAAUCAUUAAUAGCGGAGACGUUCAAGACGUACCCUGGGUUACGGGAGUAACGAGCGAAGAAGGCCUCUAUCCCGUAGCUGAGUUUAUUGCUGUGGAUCAAAAUUUGAAAGAGCUGAACGACAAUUGGGAUAUUCUUGGGUCGCUCUUCCUUGAUUUUAACUAUACCAUCCCCAAAGAGAAACAUAUCGAAAUUGCUCGUCUCAUCAAGACACAUUACUUUAGUACAAAACCGAUCGAUCGACAGAAUACAAAAGAACUGAUACAAAUGUCGAGUGAUCGCUUCUUCGUGGUCGAUAGCGAGAAGGCCGCGCGAAUGCAAGCUGGAGUAAAUCAAAAUCCAGUCUGGUAUUAUUACUUCAGUUACAGAGGAGCGCAAAGUUUAAGCGAUUCUUUCAGCGGUACCACUGAGAAUUAUGGUAAGUUUAUGUGGAAUACCAAUGUUUAUGUAUAUUAAAUUUACAUGUAAGCGACGGGAAAAAUUAACGGAGCCGACCGGGACUUGAACUCGGGAUCCUUCGCUCACACGCCUAGCACUUAGGCUGCUACCCUAAGCACGAUUGCUCCACUACUAUGCUAAUUUCCUCGAUCUCUCAUCAAUACUGGCCCUACGGCCCAAAAUCUCCUACAUACAAUAUACUAAAGUACAGACAUACACAUAUAUUGUCACGAACUGACAAAAAAAAUUCCAUCCGUUUUUGGAACAAUACAUUUAAGUACUUUACCCGGGAUUGAACUAGGCCUUGUGAUUAUUCUAAACCGAAAAUAUAUCGUAAUUUCUUUUAAACUUUAUAACGAAAAUCGGAUUUAUUAAUUGAAUUAAAAUUAGGGUAAUCAACUUCAGAAUCUAAAGGAAUGAGCUUAUAACGCGGAACUUCUUGAAUUAGAUAACUUUGAAUUUCGGCUUCUAAUUCUCUUAGUUUUAUGAAAAACGGGAAGGGAUCCU